GAAGACGUCAUACUUACGCAUCCAUCUGUUAAAGAAGUUGCAGUAAUUGGCAUAGAACACCCUGAAAGCGGGCAAGUCCCUAAGGCAUUUGUCGUGCUCCAAGAUGGCGUUGAUGAACAUCUGGCCAUUUUGGGUAUCAAAGCUUUGGUUAAUGAAAAAGUUGCUUCAACAAAGCAAUUGCGUGGAGGAGUUGUUAUCUGUGCCGAGUUACCAAAGACUAGCAGUGGAAAGGUUAAGCGUAGCGAAUUGCGUAAGCACUUUGGACCCUAG